AAUAGAUCACGUUGGCAACGAGCACUCGUCAGAUUAAAUAUUUUUGGAUGAACCUUAAAAUUAUGCGCAAAUCUUUAUAUUUUAGCUUAUGGCUGUUUCGCACUCGAUCUGUGUUUUGAGCUGAGAAAGUGUACAUGAACCUAGGUCGCACAUAUGGCUGAAGCUGAACGAGUUCUUAUUGCAGCGAAAGACGGAGAUCUUCAAACCUUACGGUCGCUCCGUCGAUCAGCGCCUUUCGCGGCAGAUGGAUUUGGAGCGACUGCUCUCCAUUACGCAGCAAGAACAGGAAGGAUUGAUUGCGUAAAAUGGCUGGUAGAAACAGCUGGAAUUUCUCCCAAAGUCCGCGGAAGAAGCGGAGCGACUCCGUUUCAUGACGCUGCGGCUCAGGGGGAGCUAGAGUGUGUGAAAUAUUUCCUUGCGACUGGCGAGGUUGAUGCAGACACUCGAGAUGGCUCUGGGCAUACUGUACUCCAUUUAUCGGCGAGAUUUGGAAGGUUUGACACUGUCAAGUGGUUGAUCGAGAAAGGGAACGGUAAUCCCAGGGUUAAGUCAAGGAAUUAUAUGACUCCAGUGCAUUUUGCUGCUUGUGGAGGGCAUCUGACAUGCCUAGAGCUGUUAGUUUUCAAAGCUGGUUACAGGUAGAACGUUCUAUGAUUUGAGAGUUGAGUCUCAUGCUAGAUGGCUAGAUUAUGAAUGAAUCCUAAGGUCCGGUCAAAUGCACGCAACAUUUCGAUGCAACAUCUUGCAACAUUCUGAAGGAGCUGGCCAAACACACACAACAUCUUUCAAUGUUCAAAAUGUUGCGAAAAAACUUUGAACAUUUUGAAACUUGAUCCAACACCAUCCAACAUUUUGCCACAUGGUACUACAUGGUAUGCAAGCACCUAUGUUGCAAGAUGUUCCUUUAAAUGUUGCAUGCAUUUGGCCUGGCCUUAUAGUGAAUGAAGGCCAAAAUAAAUAAAUAAAAGAUAUUAAAUGAAAAUCUCAGUUCCCCAGAGGAUUUGGACCUCAAACCUUGCAUUUGAAUUUGUUCCGUCCUGAGCCACAGUGAACAAGUUAUUAGGUUACCAGUGUAUGUUAAGGGUUCAUAUCUGACAAAAUCAUUUCUCUCAGUUAGAAUGUGCACCAUGAUUGGUCAAUUAAGUGAAUGACAUUUCACUAUACGGCAGGCUAAAUUAGAAGUUGUUAGUGAAAGGGUUCUGGUAAAUUGCCUUGCAUUUUCCCAUGAUCAGCAAUUCUUGUUAUCAAGUAUUUUCUAUGUAGAAAGAGGCAGAGCAGUAAAGGAAGAAGAAUAAGUAGUAAAAGAUCUCAAAACCAUUCUCAUUAGUAAUGCACUCAAUUUAUUUUGUUCUCCAUUCUGGCCCCAAGAUAGAGAACCCUAUCAUCAUGCUUCUCAAAGUUCUGACUAAAGUCUAGCAGUGUACAAACACUUUCCCAUGCUGGAUAUUCAUGAAACUUCUGUUAGCAGUGUUAUAUGGCCUAACUCAACAUUGAGUUAGCUGUAAUUUAGUUGAUGGAGCAUAAAACUGCAAAAUCAGAACAUUUGAGGAUUGAGCCCUCACAGAAGACUCACAUUUUUUCCAUUUUGUCUCUCUUUAAAUUCUUUCAUUAAUUCAAAGAGUUCAAAUUUUAUCAAAUUUUUAUUUCUUUAUCACAAGUAUAGAAGAGGGUUCAAUUCCCACCAUUUUUUAGGAUAGUUAAAAGUCUAUUAAAUUCACCACUUUUGUGAGAUUUCCUCUAGAAAAUGGACAUAAGAGUUGUGAUCAAACUUUAAUAUGAUGCAUUGGUAACUCUUUCAAUCUUCAGCUGUGUUAAUGAUGUUGCCACAGAUGGAACAACUCCCUUGUAUCUUGCUUCUCAAGACGGUAAUCUAGACUGUGUUAAGUACCUGCACAGUGUUGACGGCAAGUGUAAUGCCAGAGCCCGGGAUGGAAUGCUGCCAAUUCAUGCUGCAGCCCAGAAUGGACAUCUAGACUGUAUAGGAUAUCUGGUGAGAAAGAAAGAAUGGUGUCCUAAAAUAAUCCUUAUCCCUCCAAGCUGUGACCAUUUUAGUUUGCAUACAGUAGACUGUAGAAAAUUAAUUUUAAUUGGUGACUAAAUUUGCUGCAAAUGGCCAAUCUAAUGACCUUUCUGCGGCAGUCAUUUAGCAAGCUGUAUUUGUUAAUUGCCUGUUGUUUUUUGUCCUAAGUCAAAGUGAGAUAGACAGUUAUGUGAAAUACUAUUUUAAAAGGCCUUCGACCCCUAUAAGCAUUUAAUUCUCCUUACAAUAUAUCACCCCUGAAUUCCAUGUUAAGUUAACAAGUUAGAAUAAAGGAAAUGAUCACCAACUAAUACAGGUCUUGAUUGUUAAACAAAUUCUCCUUGUCAGCAUCUUAGGAAAUUUAUGGAGAACAUUAUGGAGAAUAUGCAUACUGAUAAUUUUAAUGCCUUGCAUGCUAACAUCAGUAUAUCUUAAAUUUCAAAAUGGGAUAACUAGAAUUUACAUAAAUUAUUGGAUUUGAAUGAGUAAAUUUUGACUGUCCAAGGGACUGGCACCCCUCUUUUUUUUGUACCUAUUGAUUCAGAUUUUACUAUAAGGAAAAUUGCAGCUACAUGUAUGAUCCUCAACAGAUUUCAGUUUUUUGAACUUUCUGUUCUUCUGUAUAGAUGGAAAAAGGACAGUCCUCUGCAAAUGAGAGGGAUGGAGCUGGUGCCACACCCGCUCAUUAUGCUGCCUCACAAGGUACAUAUGACAAAAUUGAAGAUGUCUUUUUUCCUCUAUAACUUUCCAGAAAAUUAGUAGACUUAAAUUCAUGAUUAAUCCUUUCACUCCCAGGAGUGACCAAGGAUGAAUUUCUCCUCACAACAUCCAUACCAUUUCAAGCAGGAAGGUGACGAGAAGUAGAAAAGUUGUCAUCUAGGGGAAUGUUGUUUGAUUGACCAACAAAUUCUUGGAUCUAAAAUUAUAAGUGAUGACUGACAAACAGUGGUGAGAAAAGUUAUUUAGAUCUUGGGAUUAAAAGGGUCAAAUCAUGAUACCAGUGAGGCUGAUAGCACUAGAACGAGGAGACAUAUUGCUUUGUCCAAAUCAACCAGAUGUUCAAGGAUGUGUUAAACAGUUGCAAAAUAUUUCUGAUAGUAUGUGAGCAUGCUCUCAUUUAUAUCUACAUGGUGUAAGUGUUUCUUUGAUUGUUUAACAAGGUUGAAUCUUUGAGCAAAGUGACAUGGAGAGAGCUCUUUGAAGGGUGUGGCUUUAGACAUCUCAAAAGCUCACUUCAAAUUUUGUUGCUGAUAAAGAAACACCUUUGCCACAGCUCUUACAAAAUAAGCAUUUCAACAAGAAUGGCCUUUCCCUACGUUUAGGCAGUCCCCUGCCAUCAGACUUGUGGGUUAUUUCUUUCUUGCCCUAUACCAAAAUUCUUGCAAGGCAAGAUUGGCUUGGUCCAGAGGUAAUUAUUGCGGGGCUAAUUUUUUGAUCAAAGUUGGAAUUCCCCAAAUCAAAAAUUCCUAAAACCAUCUGUGAUAAUGGGUAUUGGUUGGUUGGUGAAAUUAUAGUGAACUGUUUAUAAAAAGAAGUUGAAGACCUUGGGGUACAAUUACUGUUCAUCUUUUUAUUUAGAUUUGGACAGGUGUAAUGCAUUGAAGUCAAAACAGUUGGAGCAUACAUGUACAUGUGCAUUUUGGCCUGCAUUGAUUGUUUUUAUGCUGGUUUCAUCUAGGUCAUGUGACUGUGCUAAAGUGGUUGAAUGCCAAAGGUGAUGUUACUGCAACAGACCAAAUGGGAGGUACUCCUCUUCAUGAUGCCGCUGAACAGGGACAAUUUGAGGUGAGUAACCAGUGUUUUCAACACCAUCUGGUGGAAAUCUAACAUUGAUUUUUUGCUUUGAAGAGUAAAAACUUUGUCUUACAAAUCUAGGCAUUAAACAUGUUACUCAAUAUUUAACUUUGUCUAUGUAUGCCAGUAUGUUCUAUUAUAAAGAAAAGUUGAGUCCUCUAGGUCUUCUGUAAUAUGUAAUUUAUCUUUAAAUAACAUAGAUAUCAACAAUCCAAAACAAAUCCAAAACUGAAUCCCAUUGGGUAGCAGUAUGCUUUUUUUGUUUUAUCAUACAAGUUGAACUGAUUUUAUUGGUUUCAAAUUGUUUUAAUAUAAAAUAAUUCUCUUGGCAGUGCAUCAGAUAUCUUGUAGAAAAUGUGGAGUUGAAUGUGCAACAGAAAGACAAGGAGGGUAUGACUCUAUUGACCUUAGCAGAGAAAAAUGGACACCGGAGAUGUUUAGAUUACCUCAAGAUUGCAGCAUCAAAGGUAUUUUAUGUAAUGAAUUUAUUUGAAAUCUUCAUCACAACCGGGAGAAAAGAUGGCCUGAUGUUUAGUGUGCUGGACUCAGGGUUUAAAGGUGUGGGUUUGAGACUUGGGCGGAUCAAUGUGUUGUGUUCUAAAAUACUUUACUAUCACAGUGUCUCUCUCCAACCAGGUCUAUUAACUUCUUACUAACCAGGCUUUAGGGCUGUACUGGGGAAUAUUGACCCAAAGUUGUGGCAGUACAGACCCAGUGCAGUGAGGUCUGUACAAAAAUGAACAAGGGCCAAUUUCCCCAGUAUGGCCAAAGUAAUGGAGGUUAGUAAAUAAUUUGUUAUAUUGCUACUCAGACCAAACUUGUUCACUGGAGUGCCUCUCUCCUUCAUGCUAAGGAAACCGGAAUAAGCUUUGGCAGCAUUGGUCAUUUUGGCUUGAAUACAGACUAAACUUUUAUCUUACCUUCAUUUGAUAUAAUAACCCAGAAAAUUGUUAUUGCCCUCAUAAAUUGCAGAUCUUAAUGUUUCAAUGUCCUGAGUGUCAUACAUUUUACUUCUGCAGUAAUAAUGCUCAAUGUUAUACAUGUUAACUGGAGUGUUAGAGUGUUUCUUGCAGCAAAAUUUCUUCUAUUUUCUAAAGCAAUCUGUGCUUCUGUGCUCACAUUCAGCAGGUCAGAUCUCUUUUCAUCUGUCUCUAACAUUUUUUUUUCUUCUGUCACUUUGCUUUGCCUUUUGGCACUUAGAUAAUUUCAAAAGCUUUUAAAACUUAAAUUUAAACACAUUUUUGAACUUUCAACAGAUCCCAACGUCUCAACACUAGCACGAAAGCAAACAACAUUAGCUGUUAAAGCAUGGCAACAAAGUUAAGUUUCUAUAAUGUUAGGCUUUGAUCGUUGUCACAAUGAGCAUUUUCUAUAAGACAAUGCCAAUCAUUUUAAAAUAUAUUUAAUAAGUUCACAUGGCAACCAGGUGGACAAUCAGACACGGUUUGAUGCUACUCUGGUUUAAAGAUUUAAUGAAUGUAACCGAGACGUUACAAUUCAUAGACCCAACAUUUCGACACUCCUGCCUAGAUGAAGGCACUAGACAGGAGUGUCGAAAUGUUGGGUCUAUGAAUUGUAACGUCUCGGUUACAUUCAUUAAAUCUUUCAACCUGAGUAGCAUCAAACCAUGUACAAUCAUUUUGAUUUGUGAUAAUAAUUUGAUUCACGGCGCACAAGUAGUGCUAAAACUAAAUUGCGGUAGAUAAUUGUUAAAUAUAUGAUUUGAAAGGCUAUUUUCUGUGGUCACUUAUUGGAAUUUCACUUGUAAGAACGUUUUCUAGAUAGUGAUUGGAACUCUUCAGUGCCUCUUAGCUCUUAGUUGUAUAUUUUUGGUGGCAGUUUCGUUGUACAAAGAAGAGAAUUAAGAAAAAUUACUAACUGAUAUAACUAUGUUUUAGGAAGAAGGUAACUCUCUAUUUAUGCCUCACAAUUAUUAUAUUAAAACUACAGUUUUCAGUGAUAAAAACUCAGUUAAAGCACGUAAGAAAAUUAUAAAGCAUGCUUAUUAAAUUAAUAGAAUACAAUAAAUAAAUACAUUGGUAACUAUUAAAUGUGUCAUUGGUAAAUCGUGAAAACCACGUGAAUAAACUUUAAAAUCAAUGUAGAACGAUUUUUAAUCAAGGGCUAGAAGUAACACAGAUUGCUUUGGGUUUGUGUUACUUGGUUGUGUGACUCAGCGGCAUGGUUCAGAAAACUUGUGAUAUCUUCUUAACCAAUCAUAUGCGAAAAUAGAAUUAAUCAUGGCUUGGUUACUCACGUUUUUCCGUCCUUUCGGCAUUUUGCUUGUUUUUACUUCAAAAUAUUGUUGACUUUUCGUGACAUUUUGGUUCGUUUCGAUUUUCGUGCUCUGCCUACUUUCAACUGCUUUUGGUUUUAAGGCUUGCAGUCGAAAAGCGCACUUACACAAAGUUUAACUGUACUGAAAUUUAUCAAGGAUACAAGCAGGACUUGACGUGAUUGACGCUCCUCUUUUUCAGAAGAAAGUUAUACUUUUGAAGGUAAUUUACUGAAAAAAGAAUCCUCAUAAACCAAAUGAAAACAAGAUUACUUUCCCGGCCCCUCCCCCCCCUCCUAUGUUAUUUUACGAGUAAGAAUCCUACUCUUCGUUACUUUUGACAAAUGAAAAUAUCGACCGGUCAGUCUUUCAGGUUAGACUGCAAAUUUGGCCGAAUCACAGGAUGGUGGCUUUUUCUCUUUUUUGCAGUGUGACACCUUUUAUAAACCCAACGAACGGGUAUCAAACACCUUGUAGUUGGUCUGCCUGUGGCUCACGAAGCCUGAAAAGUGCAUAAUCUUACCUUAAAUACUGUUAAAUCGAACAAAUGCUGAACAGCGAACAUACAUAACUUGAAGGAGCUUCAGAUAAGUCCCUCGAUUUACCUGGUUGUUUUGUUAAAUGGCCGCGGUUACGCAAUAUCCUGUAUUUCUACAGGGGAAGAUCUUUGAGACACUGAACGAACAUCCCCAAUAUGAAUGUAGUUUAUUUGAUACAAAAAGAAGUUAUUUUCUCAGAUUUAUAUAUACAUUUCAGCUUUCGUCACAAACUUUACCUGGGGCGAGACUGGCUUGAAGUAGUGCUUCUGAUUGUUAGUUAAUUUUGAACGUUAAUCACUUAUAACAGUGUGUUUUGCACCAAAGUUAGUGUAACUGACGCGAAUCUUCUUUAAUUGCUUAUUCAACCAUUCUUAAUUUUACUCGUUGUUUGCCCCAAUUGUGAACUGACAUUUCUGUUGACUGCGAGUGCUUAAAUGUCCAAUUUCCAAGAGAUUUGUAGAGAAAAAAUAAGCAGUAUCACACAUACUUAUGUGGGCAGAAAUUUUUUCAGUUCAGUGUUAUGUCGCUGUUCUUGUCUGUAGAUUAAUUUUGUACCAUGGAGUGUCUUCUAAAACACCUCUAUUCAACUUUGUGCCGGCUGAAAAAUGCUCCUGUUACCUUCAAUGAAGGAGCUCCUCAACUUAGGCACUCUUUUUUGUAGAUCCGAGGGUGCCCCUUAAAUUAAGGUUCUUCUGUUCUCAGAUACAUAUUUUCCUUUUUUUUGCAGCAAGCCAAAGCACAAAAGAGACUGACGUAUACCAAGGAACGUCAGGCGGUUACAGAGAACCUGACGCCAACGAUGAAAUAUCCAGGGAAAAGUUUAGCAUUUCCAACUAAGAGAGAGGCCAGUUUCAAAACUUCAUUGGAACCUGGUUUUCAUAUUAGAGAAAGGCCCGAACGAGCUUCUUUACAACUAAGUAUUAACGACAAGAAAAACAAACCUGCAGUUUUAAAAGAAAUUAUUAUACCCCCAUCUGUUAACACUAGAGAUCUGAAUGAGAGCACAGAGCCUUUUCCGCCGCGCACUCAAGCGACGGUUUCUAAAGUCCUUCCUUCGCCGUUUACAAAAAAGCCCGUGAGAGAAAAACAGCCCUUCCUUCACCGCCUUUACUGGAUAUCCUUCCUCCUCCGCCAGAGUUUUCUGAAGUCACAGGUAAGCUACCAUACUAUAAGUAAACCAAUAAUAAAAUUGGUUUUCUGCGUGAACGACACAGUGGCCAAUUGGUCAUUGCGCUGGACUGCCGAACGAGAUAUCCGGGUUUUAAAGCUCCGGCCAAAUUGCUAGUUUGUAUCAUUUAUUUUGGCAAGAUGCCCCCCACUCUCACAAUGCUCUCCCUACUGAAGAGCAUAAAUGGUUAGUGUGUGAAAGAAAUUCGUGAUAAAAAAUGCGAGAGAAGGCUAAGAAAAUGCCUGGCGCUCACCUGCAAUGGAAUUGCAUUCCACCUGGGGAAUCUUGCAAUAUUCCUUGUUCGUCAAUGCUAUGAAAAGCGAGCGAGUUGAUCGAUGCGCAUUGGGCUUCUUAGCUCGAGGGCAGACGUAACAGUUACCCGCUUUAAAGAGCAACAUUUAUUUUAACAGCAUUUACUUAUUCAAUAUUUUCUAUAGCAUCUAUCUAUUUUCACUCGAAACAGCGUAAUAAAGUGUUCGACAUCGGUUGAUGCUGGAGAACAAGACACUGUUUAUUUUGUUAGUACAUCUCUGAGUUUCUUCCACCGUAAUUAUUUCUUUUGGAAAUAUCACUGUCCACUUGUUCUUUAGUAAUAAGAGUGUACACCGGUGUUGGAGUCGAACUUAAAUAUCUCUAACGAACGCCCUGCAAACUUCACGUUAUCCAACGGCUUCGGUUGAAUUUACUGAAAAUGUAUCAAUGCAGUUACUGAAGCCGUGCAUGGACAUCGUUGUUUUAACGAUCACAAUUUAGCAGUCUCAACUUACAAUUUCUCUGAAAUUUGUGCCCAUUAUCCUCAAGAAUAGUUUUCGUCAGUAUUCAUCUUUGGGGGGAGGGGUUAACUGUUUUCAUUGCAUGCUUGCGUAGCAAUAUAAGUGCAGCUCAAACCCAUUCUCUUUAGAGACAAAAAAGAAUUAUCCAUACCCCAGGAAAUAACAAUGAAUCACCGAAGGCGAAGUGAAUAUCGUCGAAUAAUUGUUUCAAUAUGAAAGCUUUCAUCAUCAAGAAACUCAGGGGCAACCAUUGCUUCUGUAUUCUAAUCACCUCGUGUAGAGUGCGAUAUGACGUAAUUUUUGAGAAUUAUUAGCGUAUGCAUCUCUAAAAUCAUCUGUCAGUAAGUAAUCACACUAAAAUGACUUCUCGUGUUUUCUUCCAAAUACGUGUAGACAUGUUUUCGCUUUCAAUUAGCUGGGAUUAGUCUCUCUGACGUCACAGUCAUUCUUUUAUUUUUCUUUAAGGUGAGGAAUUAUUACAGCCGAAAGAACAAGUGGAUUUGAACGAAAAUGAAGCCAACAGUGAAAUUUCCCACCUAUGCGGACCCUUUGAAUCUACGUCUGUUGAGUUCAGUGCAAAUGUUACAAAUCAAGAUGACUGCAGCGUUAUCGUAAAGGUUGAUUCUUUUUCGAACAAGGCCAGCACUUCGAGUCAUGCAAUCAGCGAGUCUAAAGAUGAACACACGAAGACGACUGUUAGAAACGGCAUUAGUGGCAAACCAAUAGGAUACAAGAAUCAGAACGAGACUAGCGAAGGCCGCCAUGAAGGGAACGUCCAAUCAUUGCACGAGGAGCUAGUGAAUGUGCUGCCGCUGUGGAAGCGACAGAUCUUGAUGAAUCGGGUCAUCAAAGAAAAAGCGCGAGAAAGAGUAGAGCGGGAAAAGGUGAGGGCGUAAGGAGUAUUCGUUUGGUUAUGUCCCUUGUAAUGUUCGUAUUCAAAAGAAUGCAUUUACAGGGCGUGAAAUUAACUUUUUUUUCUGAUAGCCACUUGGCUCCUAAAUUCUUCAAAGUGGUAGCCAAUUCAAAAAAAGUUGGUCGCCAUUUUCAAAGACAAACAAAAUCUUUCUUUACGCCGUCAGCGUUCUAGAUAGGCCCUCCAAAAUUAAGUUAGGGAAAAGAUCUUUAACGUGCUACAAAGUGGACACUAGGAUGGAUGAUAUACAACGUUCAGGCUCAUCUAAAUCCAAGAUGGCGUUUAGUUAUCGAUCGAGAUGCAUGUGCUACGUUUUGGAAACAAACUUAACGAGGAAGUUUGCCGCGGAUUUAUCUUUGCAAAUCUUUUUAAUGCACUAUAUCUCUUGGUAAGGUUAUGAUGAAACGUUCUAGUCGCCAAUUUGGCGACUAACUUUCAGGAUGUGGUCGCCAAAGUGAAAAAUUUAGUCGCAUUGGCGCCUGUAUUAGGCGCAAUUUCACGCCCUGAUUUAUGCAAUCUCAGAACAAACUUUACAUUCCAAAAAUUGAAACUUGAUUGAGUUGAACGAAGAAUUGAAGUAAUCAAUCAAGUAAGAUUCUGUCCAACAACUUUUGGGCCUAAUUAAUGGCAAAGUUUUCCUAUGAAGUAUUAAUUAGGCCAUUUCGGAACAAAUCGUUGUCUUCUGUGCAAUGAUUAUGUAAAUAGAAUUUUUCUUUUAUCAUGGACCUUGUUAAAUGACCAAGCGUGCUACCAGUCUUCUAUAGCUGCUCAGAGGUAGAGCAUCCGAAGUACUAAUCGGUCGGAAGGUUGUAGGUUUGACUCCUAUUUGGAGCACUUAGAAUUCUUUUCCACCGAGUAUGCCUGUCAUUCACUGAAUAACAUCUUUCAAAUUGUUGUCUUGUUCCGGAAUUAUAACAUCACGAUAUUCUUAGGAAAUUUUUGGCGUCAUGCAAAAAUCAGAACUCCGACUGAGGGAAACACCAAAAAAGACCAAUUAGGACUGUCCGUGGCUAGGAGUGAAGAAGAUUACAACGAAUUGCAAAAGACGAUUCCGAAAAUUAUAGGCUUUAUCUUGUAGGUUGGAAGAACGGACAUUACUGGUUUGACCUUAAGUCGAUAGUAUGAGUUCUGUUUUUUAUUUCAGAGAGAGAUUGAGCAAAGAAAGUGGUCUUCUGUACCUUCAUGGAAAAUUCCUUUAAUCAGUAAGAAGGAAGAAGAAAGGUUUGUGAGACAUCUUCGUGUUGGGUGUUUUCGUAUACUCUAUUAAGUGUGUGAACGGGUUUAACUUCAAAACUUUUAAGAAUAUCGGGAACUGUUUCCUUUGAUUCUGCUUCAGCUCACGCUGUGGUUGGCUCAAAAAAAUCUUCCGCCCCUCCUUGUGAACCAAUCAAUUUCAAAACCAAAUCCAACUGCAGCUUGGCCAUCCGCGUUUUCGCGCGCUUAGAGUGAUUACGUGGUCAUGUUUCAUUACUUCUCCACAGCCGUUAGUUUGACACUACUUUGGAUUCUAUUGUGACCUACUUAAAACUUUUCUCACUAGUAAUGCGUGUGAGAAAAUAGCCGAUCAUGUUUUCCAAUUCUACAUUUUUUAGGCUUAAGGAAGAGCAGCGUUGGGUUGGCAUGCCAGAAUGGAAGAAGAACUUACUCAGAAAAAGAGGAUCCGGACUAAUUUAUCGCGACUAUCACAAAAUAAACGCCCCCUUAAGACGCAGGGUGUCAUUCAAGUCACCAGAUAUCUCUGAUGACGAAGAAUUUGAUGGUGGACCACGAACAAGAGGACUUUCUUCACCUGAUUAAAGGCUUUCAUCGCAGGCA